AUGAUGGAAAAGAAGAAUAUUGGUGUUGUGAGUAUUGGUACCCGAGGUGAUUUUCAACCAUUCAUUGCCUUUGCAUUAGCUUUACAGGAAAGAUUGCCCGAAUCACAAGUUUACUUGAUCAGUAAUUCAAUCUAUGAUCAAGUUGCUGCUCAGAUUAUUCAUGGUAGAAAAUCAAAACUCUUAUUCAGAGGUUUGAGUGGUAAUCCGAGAGAGACCUUGGAUCAUCCAGAAACAAAGAAGGCCCUAAAGACUGGUGAUUUGAGUAAGUUAGAAUUAAACAAGCCAACGGAGGAUUUGAUUAAGAAGUGCAUGGUCGACUUGAUAGAUUUGAGCGUGAAUCAAAUCAAGUUUGAUUGGUUUAUUAGUGCUCCGAUGACAUUCCCUGUUGUGUGGAUGCUUAGUGAAAAGUUUGAAAUUCCAAUUGAUUGUAUUGCUUUGGUUCCUGAUGCUCCAACUGAAGAUUUCCCAUUCUGUGUGGUUUCGGCUUCAAGUUUGGGAGCUGAACAAAAUUUGGCAACCUAUGAAAUGAUUUACAGUGUUGGAUUUCAAAUGAUGCAACACUUGUUCAAUGAACAGAGAGAAUUAUUGGGACUCCCAAAGAUGACUCAAAGUUGGAAUAGCAUGAGAGAAAAGCUCAAUAUGCCUCUCUUGUUUGCAUGCUCUAAACAUUGCUUUGAUAAUCAAAAACCAUCCAAAUAUAGAGACAAUGUUGAAUUGACUGGAUAUUUAGAAUUGAAAUCUGAGGGAGAAUCACUCUCUCAAGAAUUGGAAGAGUUUUUACAAGUUGGCCAAGCUCCAAUCUUUUUAUCAUUCGGUUCAAUGCCAGCACUCGAUCCGUUCCAAUUAUUUGAAUUGGCUCAUGAUGUACUUGUAAAACAUGACUCGAAGAGAGUCGUCUUGUCCUGUGGCUGGACAAAUAUUGAUUCAAUCUUUACAGAUUUGAAGGAACAUAAAUAUGAACAAGAACAAUCCACAACCUUCUCUGAAGAGGAAUCCACCAAAUACGAAUCAAUUCUCUCCAAUAUGAGAGAUUUAAUCACAGAGAAGAGACUGCUAAUUAUUAAGGAAGCUCCAUACUAUUUGCUCUUCCCUAAUUGUGCAGCCAUAGCCCAUCAUUGUGGAGCUGGUACAACUGGAGCAGCUGUUGUAGCUGGAACACCACAUUUACCAAUUCCAAUCUUCCUUGAUCAACCAUUCUGGGGACAAAGAAUGUUCGAUCUUGGUGUUGGUUCUUCUCCAAUCUUGUUCAAGGAUUUGACCAGUGACAAGUUAAACGAAGCAGUGAGUUAUGUAUUGGAUGGAGAGAAGAGUGAAUCUAUCAGAAACAAGGCACUUGAAAUUAAAGAACUCAUAGAAAGAGAUGAGGCUGAUCCUUGUGAAAUCAAUGUCAAUAUUUGCUUGAAAAAUUAUUGUAAUCAUCCAUUCAUCGUUCCAAAACAAGAGCUCGAAUAA